AUGAGCAGAGCAAUAGCGAUGAUGAUGAAAAAUUCUCUCAAUGUCGAAAUUCCUGGCCGAACUGGUGGAAGACCUCCAACGCAGACAGCGCGACAUUCGACAAUUAUCAAUUUGAGGAGAAAGCAGCAAAACGAGCGGGUUUUGGAUAGAUGGUUACUUGGUCGUCGGGAGAUUUCA